AUGGUCAACCUUGCAGCUCAGCAUUCCUUUUUGCUUGGAUAUUGUUGGAGCCCAUCUAAAUGUGCAAUUGUAUACCCUUCUUUUCGAUCUCCUCACCAGCAACAGCUAUCUAUUUAUGGUGAACUUCUUCCUGCAGUUCAGGAAUUUAUUUACUUGGGUGUCCCAUUCCGCAACAAGGGUAUUUGUGGGCCUUCUGUAGUUUCUCAUCAUCAUUCUGGCACACUUGCUACAAUGUCCAAUCUGAAUUCUGUUGGUGCUUGUCGCUCUGGAUUCUCUUUGCUUUUGAGCUCCAGACUUUACAAGACAUUUGUUCGCCCCAUAUUUGAGUAUGGUUUAGCCAUCACUAUUCUACGCAAAAAAGAUUAUACUGAGAUAGAACGUAUUCAAGACAAAUGUUUGCGUAUGAUUGUUGGUGGUCAUGCUACUUCUUCUACUGCAGUACUGAAACAUAUUUGCAAUUUGCCAAGCAUGCAGUUUUGCUCUGAUAUUUUGAUAUCCAAUUUCUGUAUUUGUGCUCAAUCCCUUCUGUCUGGUUGCCUGCUAUCACUUUUACAUUUACAUCAUCCUCAGUCGUCCUCUUUACCUGCUUUAUCAAAAAAUUCUCUUUUUGUCAGCAUCCCCAUCACACUGAAUUUUCAUAGCAAUACCAAGCUCAAGCGGUUUUUUGAGACAUUUCAUCAGUUCAAGUUUGAUCAGAUGCGACUUACCAAUACCAAAGUGUUACUUCAAGCAUGCCAUCUGUUGUGGUGGUUGAAGUUGAAGAAGUUUUUAAGAGGAAGAAUUGAAGAUUUGAGAUUAGGAAUGAAGAUUCGUGAGAACUUGUGUAGGUUUUGUUUAUUGAGAAAGAUUUGGUAUCAAAGUUUGGUCAGGUUCCUACACUGA